CGAUAUUCAGCGCAGAGCCACACCAUAAGGAUUUGAUUCUUUUGGAAGACUGUCGCCAUCAUGUCUAAGAUCACAGUCGCCGGAGUGCGCCAGAAUAUCCAGCAGCUGCUGGACUACUCUCAGAAUGAGAAGAAGAGAAACUUCCUCGAGACCGUCGAGCUUCAGAUCGGUCUGAAGAACUACGACCCCCAGCGUGACAAGCGUUUCUCUGGCACUAUCAAGCUGCCUUCCGUUCCUCGUCCCAACAUGACCAUCUGUAUUCUUGGUGACCAGCACGAUCUCGACCGUGCUAAGCACCACGGUAUUGAUGCCAUGUCUACUGAGGAUCUUAAGAAGCUUAACAAGAACAAGAAGCUCAUCAAGAAGCUUGCUCGCAAGUACGAUGCCUUCCUUGCUUCCGACAGUCUCAUCAAGCAGAUCCCCCGUCUCUUGGGUCCCGGUCUUUCCAAGGCUGGUAAAUUCCCUACCCCCAUCUCUCACGCUGAGGACAUGGCCAACAAGGUCACCGAUGUCAAGUCCACCAUCAAGUUCCAGCUUAAGAAGGUUCUCUGUCUCGGUGUUGCCGUUGGCAACGUUGGCAUGACUGAGGAUGAGCUGAUUGCUAACGUCAUGUUGGCCAUCAACUACCUCGUCUCCCUUCUCAAGAAGGGCUGGCAGAACGUUGGAAGCCUUGUUCUCAAGGCUUCCAUGUCUCCUCCCAAGCGUCUUUACUAAGUUAUUGACGCUCUCAGGUCACGCUGGGGGGUUUUUUUUAGGGACUUAAAUGUGGGAUUGUAUAUGCCAUAGUUUCGGAAAUGUGACUCACGACUUUGUUCCUAA